AUGCAAGCGACGGCAUAUAAAAGUAAGAGAGCGACCCUCAAAAGCGCUGGCGGUCACAUCGCUGAACCGGAACAGUGUGACGAAAAGCGGCCGACAUGUACCAACUGUACCACUUCGGAACGCUUCUGUGAAUACGCGGACAUCUUUCAAGCUGCUACACGAUCUCGCACCAACACUUCGCCAGCCUCUUCCCCCGCAGUGGUUGCGGCAAGAGACCAGCCGGCUGAUGUUGCGAGUCCGAGAUCCGACUCCCUUCCCCAAGAUGCGCCGGUCAAUAUGCUUCACAUGCAGCUUUUGCACCACUUGAUGACAGAAACACGAAAUACCUUUGAGGAGAGCUUCGACGUGGCUGUCGCCUCCCCUGACACGCUACAGAUCUGCAUGUCCUCACCGUAUGUCAUGAAUGAGCUACUAGCCCUCAGUGCCCUACAUCUGAGCACCUUGCGUCCGGCAGAGCAAGAGUUCUAUCGUCGCCACGCAGCACAACUUCAAACGCACGCAUUGACAAUCCUCAACAGCAUGGAGCUCGAAUUAAACCAGGAGACAUGUGUCCCGCUCUUUUUAUUUUCCGGUCUUCUUAACGUGCACCUCCUCUACGACGUAUUAAUCAACAGAAACCAAGAUUUUGAUCACUUCCUGGACCAACUGGUGGGCAGUUUCCGACUACACCGCGGGAUCCGUGCAAUCACCACAAAUUCAUGGGGUAUGCUUCGGGAGUCUUCGCUGAAGGCACUCAUUCUGGAUAGUGAGAAACGAUUCUCAAGUAUUACGGGACUUGACCCCGAAUGUGCAAAGCUCUUAGCCCUCAUCAAAGCGGCCAAACUAGGCCCCUCUAUCACCAAUACCUAUAAACAGGCAAUAGAAUCGUUGCAGCACGCGAUGGCUUCAUGCUUGUAUGGGAAGCAAGGCGCUAAUGUCACCGAGAUUACUGCCUGGCCGAUAUUGGUUUCUCCGGAAUAUAUCGAUCUUCUUACGAUGCGGUACCCUGAAGCUCUUGCGGUGCUAGCGUACUAUGCCGCUUGCCUGCAUACACGGCGCGAUAUGUGGGGGUUUGGGGACGGUGGGCGAUUUCUGGUUGAAUCCAUCAUCAAGUGCCUAGGACCAGAGUGGGCUGAGUGGCUGGAUUGGCCAGUCCGAGUUCUGAACGAUAAUCAUCAGAGCUCGUAA